AUGCUCAUGAGUUAUGGGAUCGAGCAAAAGAUCUUGGCUUACAAUGGUGACAAUGCGACGUCGAAUGACACCCAGACUGCGGAGCUGUCCAUCCUCCCUAACUCCUUCCACGAAGUCAAUCGGGCACGUUGUUUCAACCACACCUUACAGUUGUCAGCAAAGUCUCUCCUGCGUCCCUUCAACUCUGCCAUCAGCUCAGCAUCCGAGGAGGCAGCUGACCUCUACGUGGAUAUGCCUGCACUGGCGGAAGACUCCGAUGAUGAAGAUGACGAUGACAACAACAAUGAUGAUAACGAGGCCGCAGGAUAUGACGACCUUGAUGGGGAUGAUCUCAGAGAAGAUGUCGAUGAGCUGGCCGCAUUGGAUGAGGGUGCGAGGGAGGAAUUAUUGAGCAAGACGGCGGAAGUGCGCUCAACUCUCACUAAGGUUCGACGUCUUUCAUUUGUGAUCAUCCAUUCCACCACGAUUGCACUCCCUGCAUGGCACGAUGCGUGCCGAAGCACCAAGAUGCCUGUUCGCAUGAUUCCACGUGAUGUUACCACGCGUUGGAAUUCCACUUACGACAUGGUGAGUUUUGCCCUCAAGUACCGACAGCCAAUCGACAACAUCAUGGGCAACAAGGUCCUUAAGCUGCCUCAAUAUGAGCUUGACGUGGAUGAUUGGAAGAUAACUGAGGACCUUUGCAUCCACUGUUGCAGAAGUACAAGACAGCCACACUUUUUUUUGCAAGAGAGUGUUAGCACUAUUGCUAAUGUCAUCCCGACAAUGGACAGCAUUAACGACAUGCUGAGUGGCCGUACGGUACAGAACUAUCACCCUGCGAUUCAGUCUGCCAUGCAGCUUGCACGUGCUACAAUGAAUCGGUACUAUUCAAAAACUGAUCUGUCAUCUGUCUAUCGGAUCACAAUGGUGCUUCAUCCUGGGUUGAAACUCGAGUAUUUCAAGAAGCGCGAGUGGGAUCCUACCUGGAUUGACGCUGCCGAGAACCUUACACGUGAGGAGUACAUCGGCACAUAUGAAGAUGCUAUUGUGCCCAUACCCAUUCCUGCAGUGCAUGCGGGUGUGUCUGCUGAUGCUGAUGUCUCCGAUAAUGACGAGUUCGCUGAAUUCAGGAAUAUCUCGUUAUCUGGCUUAGUCACUGUGCGUAACGAGAUUGAUGACUACCUCGCGGCGCCCCUGGAGAAUGUGCAGGACCCCUUGAAGUGGUGGUAUGAUAACCGUCAAGCUUACCCAAAGCUCUCGCGCAUGGGUCUAGACUAUCUCAGCAUCCCCGUGACGUCAACUGCUGUUGAGCGCACGUUCUCGCAAGGUCGCCAGCUUCUCCAUUUCACACGCAACCGCAUGAUGCCAUCGACGAUCCGUGCAUCACUCUGUCUCGGCUCGUGGGGGCAUAGCAACCUUCUCUGCAUGGAGGAUCUCAUCGCCGCAGUUGCCCCCAAGAAGGUAAGCAUAUUGAGAAUGACGACAGAGAGGCAAUAG